AUGUACGAAGUAGGAUUUGGAAACAUCUAUCAUCAGAAAUGUCAUGGAUUAACAUGUCGAGAUAUUCCUCGAGACUUGGAUUACAGUAAUCGGAGACUUGUUCAUCAUAACCAUCAGGGGAAGCGAAUAAAAAAACAAAAUGGGCGACUUGUUUUCUUUAAAGGAGUGGAGAUUGACGGUAAGCAAAUCAAACGACCGAGAGAGGCAUCUUCGAUCCGGAAAAAAAUCAAAACCACCAUAACUGAUUUCAAAUCCGAGGAUAUACUCCAUGAAGAAUGUCUUCCUUCCUUUCCAGCAUGGAAGGGUCAAAUUGAGAGUCUCACCGAGAAAUUGAAGGAUGGAGGGCUGGAAACCACACUGAGAGAACUGAAUUUGAACUGGAAGGAUUGGACAAGAGAGGCUGCUAAAGCGUAUUUGAGCAGAGAAGAAAUACGAGUCCCCUGCAUUGGAAGAGCUCCUUGGAGACAUAUAAUGGCUCAAAACACAGAGAAAAUUAGCAGUCAACUUCGAUUAAACAAUAAAAUUAUCACAAUGUUCUUCAAGAAAUACCGGGAGAGAUGUCUGAUUGAUUGUUCGUUUUUAUUGAGUGAAAAUGGAAGAAGUGUUUUUGAAUUGGAAAAACAACUCAAGGAUUUCGUUGUUCACACCAAGAAAAUUUUGUCAUUUGAAUGGCCGAUGGCCGUAGCAAAUCUGAUGUUAGAUGAGGGUGCUUCUUGGAUUCCUCUGUUUGUCACUUCCACAUCACAUACCGUAUUCAAUGCAGUGGCUGCUACAAUGGCAAGAUUGCUUUAUGAUGUAGUGAUGGAGAACAUCAAUAAAGUGAAGACGUUCUUUGACAUGGAUGACCGUGCGAAGCUGAUUAUAAUUCUGAAUGAAGAUGAGAAGGAAUUCGAUUACUGGCAACGGAUAAAUAUUCUCCUUGAUAUUUGUAAAAUUCCCCGAGUUGACCAUAAAAUCUACCCUCGUAUGUUCACUGAAGCAUGGAUUGACGUCAGAAAUUGGUUCGAUUCGCAAAGCAUCGUGUUCAAACCACUUCCGCAACCUUUUGAGCAACUAAAUUCACGGAUUUCUCAAGUUCAGGAAAUGCUUGUUUCCUUUGAAAAAGACCCAGAUGACGUUGAGUUUUGGGAGAAGAUUGCAAAAGAAGUACUGGAUAUUCGAGAGCAAGUUUUGAAGCAAGGAACGAGAACUUUGAAAGGAUUUAUUAUUUACGACAGUCGAGAUAUCAAAAAGAGAUCUUUGGCGAGAAUUACUGAGUUGGAGGAGAGAACGAAACAUAUUAUAUUGACAAGGUUGAUUGUGAAGAAUACGAAAAUCAGAGAAGUUUUCGUUUUGUGUUCUGGGAAGCUGUUUAGGAAUGAUGUAUUGGUGCAACUUCGGAAUAUUGAAGAGGUUCAAAAUGAGCUCCCAAAUAUAAAAGACAAGAUUCAAUGCGUUGGAAAAGCAUACAAAGUUUAUAUGGAGUACUUCACAAUGCCCGAUUACGAUAUUCGUCAAUUUUAUGAGAUCUCUAGAUUAGGAUUCAAAUUGGAACAACUUGUAAACUUUGUGUGGGAUCGGAUCAAUCAUGAUAGACAAUGGAUAACAAAACAAGUGUCCGAGCAGACAUCGAAGAACUAUUAUGAGUGUGAAAUGAUAGAGAAGGAGUGGUUGGAUUGUUUGAAGAAAUAUAGGAGUGCAGUGAGGAUAAAUGAAGUUCAGAAAGUGCAGAUUAAAAUGGGCAAUUUGGAAGAAAGAAGUGCAAUUCUGAAAGGGAAAGAUGAGAAACUAAUUGGCCAACGAUCCCUCCUCGGUCUCCCAUCGUCCCCAAUCGAUUGUGCCCGAAUCGCAAAAGUUUGCGAAUUUUUCUCAAAACUGUCAACAUUACACUUCCAAACCUUGCUUCAUCAUGAAUCGUGCUUGAGAAUGAGAAUAUCAGAUGUUGAUCACAACUUCCUUGUUGCUGAAACAGAACGACUCCAGGCAGAAAAGGAUUCUCUAGUUGAGAAGGCGACAAUCAUAAACGAACACGUCACAACUUCAAAAGAAGCUCUGCUAAAAAUCCAAAACGUGCUCGUAGAAUUCGAGAAACUUCUACCUGUCCUCGGAGCAAUUUCUUGUCAAGCAAUGAAAGAUAGACACUGGAAAAUGAUACUUCAAGACUCGGAAACCAGCGUGAAAGUUGAGGGAAAUCCACUUGUCAGUGAGCUUCUGGAGAUGAAUUUUAUAGAAAAAGCGGACAAGUUUGAGCAGGUCGGCGCACAAGCCGAAAAAGAGCGUGUAUUAGAAACUUCUAUAGACAAAAUGAGGAGUCAAUGGAAAUCAGCAACAUUCGUGACACAUCAAGGAGGAGAGCUGCUGACAACUGAAUUGAAUGUGCAGAUGCAAGCUCAUCUGGCAAGGAGUCAAACGAUUCUCUCGUCUCCCCACGCGUUUUCAAUUCUUGAUCACAUCAGACAUUGGUUGGAUACCCUUCUGAAUUUGAAUACUUUUGUUCAUUUGUACAAGAAAUGUGAUAUCAGAUGGAAGAAGAUAGAAGGAGUGUUUUCAACAGAAGACAUUGCAUAUCAGAUGCCUCAUGAAUUCAGAACUUUCAAGAAGAUAUCAUUGAGAUGGUUGCACAUCAACAACCAAAUUACAGAAGAACGUCCGAUUCUGGAACAAAUGGAUCUGGUCCAGCAACUGAAUAUCGAUCUUUCCGAGUUGGAAGUUCUCUUUGGAAGAAUGGAGAAUGGAUUUCAUGCCUAUCUUCGAAAGAAACGUGCAGUCUUCCCUCGUCUCUUCACUCUCUCGGAUGAACUUGUUCUCUCAUUGAUUUGUGACAGUCGAGAACCUGCCAACUGCAAAUCUUACAUCCCUCUUCUAUUCCCGUCUCUCACAACUUUCGAACAGAACACCAAAAUGGAAAUAAUCUCAGUUUCCACGAAGUCUGAAACUAUUUCUCUUGUUAAACCUGUGAAUGUGAAUCUUUCGAAACGCCACGUGGAGAAAUGGAUGCAUGAGUUGGAUGCUCAAAUCAAGUAUACUUUGAGAACUCGUAUAAGACUCCUCAUUGAAAAAAUGAAUUAUAAACUGAGUCCAGUGGAGAGUAUUCUAAGUGAACCGAUACAAGUAGCCUCGAUUUAUUUGAAGAUCGCAUUCACAUGGCAGAUGGAAAAUAGUAUGAAGCAGAAUUCAAUGACAAUCCUAGCCAGUGAGCUGAAAAUCUGCAUUCGAGACUGUCAACAUGCAACUAUUCAUAAACAGGAGAGAAGGGAGUUCUUGCCAGUUUUGUAUCAUAUCUAUAAGUCAGCAACUCAUCUGGUGAACAAAUUUAUCAAUGAACAGGUCAUAUUCAUCGACGAUUUGAGGUGGACAUCACAGCUCCGCUACUACUACCACAUGGAAAACGUAUUCAUCCGUGUCGGAACCGUCUCUGCAAGAUAUGAAUAUGAGGUUCAAGGAAUCGAUUCGAUUGUUGAUUGCAGAUUGAUAGAUGAAGCAGUCAAAUAUUUCAUCUACAUGAAUCACUUUGGCUUCAAUGGAAAAGUACCUGGAAUCGAUGUGCAUCUCGCGCGUCAAAUUGCUGGAGCUCUUGGAAAACCAUUCGCAAUUUGUGACACUGAACAGGAAAUGGACAGCAAGAUGUUGAUAGAAGGAUCUCUUUUGUUUGGUGGAACUGUGUUCAUUGGCCAAAAUAGUUGUGAAUAUCUUGGGAAAUCCACCGAAAAAGAUGUGUAUACAAGUCACAAUUUGGCAAAUUUGAAGUAUCAUUUUGAGUCGGAAAUCACUUUGAAUUCAUCUUUUAUGUUCUUACUAUCAUCUUCACUUCGAACUGCUAGAAACCUACAAUUGGGUUCUCCUUCUUAUUACAAACAAAUUGAUGAAACCCUUUCACUGAACAGUAUCGCUCAUCGAGAGAAGAAAAUUCAAAAGUUUCAAAUAAUUUCUGAGUUCGAAAACUAUUCGGGAGCAGUCAAUCUUUGGAGAAACUAUACUGAAGAGAUGCUAACCAAGAUUGUGGAAAAUGAGAGUUUAGAUCAAGAACAGAUAAUCGAGACCACAAUUUACAGAAGUUUGAAUGUCUUCAUGAACAAAAAGAAUAGGAAACUACUUGAAAACCUGCUCAAUCUCACUUUCUUAAAACCAAAAAAAUCCCCCACACCGUCGAGAACUCCCAAAAGUUCAGAUGUUCCACGGAAGGCACUUGACCCAGAUCCUCUGCAAAUCGGAGAAAAAACUGAAGAUCUUAUUAAUCUGCUUCAAAAUCAUCAAGUAGUUGUAGUUUGUGGAGCAAGUCUCACGGGAAAAUCAAGGAUAAUUUCGAAAGCAGCAAAGCUGAAAUCAGCAGAUUUAGAGAUAGAGUACGGGCUCUGGGAGGAUAUUCAAGUUUUUGGAGAGUCGUUGAAGAACAUGAGACGUCCUAACAAAUGGAUAGUCAUCGAUGGGUUCAUGAGUCAGAAAACAAGACAAUGGGUGCAUAGACUGACCAAUGAGAAUACUUUAUUCCCUUGGCGAGAACUCCCUAUAAUCGCAUCGUGUGAGAAAGUCAUCAUAGAAACCGACUGUCUAUCUGAUGACUUGAAAUUUCUUCCAAUGGUUUUCUUAGAUAAUUCAGACGAUUUCAUCAAGGAAACCACACUAGAAACAACAGAAAAACAAAGAAUCGAUGAAGUCCUUCAAUAUUAUUCUGAAUUUAAAUACAGAAAACUGGAGUUGAUUCGAAAAGUCGAGGGACUAAAGAAACAAAUAGCAACUAACAGUGAAAAAGUGUUCGAGAAUAUUCUUGUAACAUCACUUCUCACAUUUGUACCAGUUCAGCAGCUGCGAAGUUUCUUUUUUAAAUCAGACGAAAAACUUCUGGAAUUUUACAAAAACGUACCUUACUCGAAUGGAUGGUAUGCUCACAAAGAAUCGAUGGAAAUUUCUCCCCCUCACUUCUUUCUCAUUCAUUCCAUUGGCCUUAUCCUUUAUUCCGACUUUAUUCCUCUUCUUGUCUGUCCUCCAAGUCAAGAAUUCUUCGAGUUCUUAUCUCGACUUCAGGUGGAACUUGAUGCACUAGGCUGGCAUAUUAUAACAAUGUCGCUUGAUGAAAAAGUCACAAUUGAGGAGAUCAAACAGUUUGUGGAUAACUGUUCAAUUAUGUUUGGUGGCCAUCAAAAUCAACAAGAUAAGGAUAUAGAUGACGCUCAGGAGGGAUCUAACUUCUUUUUGAUCCGAGGAAUCGAGAAUACAACAUCUGAAGUUAUUGACUGGUUGAGACACGAAUUCGAGAGAAAACGGAUUCUGAAAAUGCUCUUCAUAACUCCAUACUCCGUUGAAACAUUCCACAAACGAAUCCAACGAUUCCUCUUUCAAAUCAACUGGAUGGAUAUAAACGGAGAGGAAAGCCUAACUCUAUUCCCAUUAUCCAACUAUAACGCAGUUUUGAAAAACUUGACAAAAGACAUAAGAAUCAAAGACGUGAGCGAUUCAAUUCAGAAUCAUCUGAUUGACGUCAUGCUCGACGCCCGAAUUCUCAGUUUUUAUGAGAAGGUGUCAGAUUUGAAAAUGUCUGAAAAAUAUGAACUGGUGAGAGGGAAAACAUUUAUUGAGCCAGGAGAGUUGUGCUCAAUUUAUAAGAAUGGAACUCAAGACUUGGCGGAGCGAAACAAGAGAAUCAGAUGCGACUCUAUAAUUAUAUCUCCAUCAGAUGCUAAAAAUAUCAACAUUAUUGAAAAAGUGAACCAAACCAACUACGGUCACGUGGUGAUAGUUGGGAAUGACACCUCGAAAGCUUUGGAUGCUCUUACAGUAACCACAGAGCUCAACAGACAUGUGCUCUAUACAACUCAAGGAAUCAAGACAAUCGAUGAGUGGAGAGAUUUGAUGAAUCGAGUGCUUAGAGAUUGUCUUAUCGAUGGAAAAGAGACAGUUCUAGCACUGAAAGUUACUUCAGAUGAAUAUCUUGUUGACGCUAUUCUGGCUGAUGUCACCUGCAUUUGCUGUUAUAAACUUGUGCCUCCAAGAUAUUUGACACGAUUGAUGUUAUCUGAAUUCGGAGAAAAACAUACAUUGGAAGGAAAAGGAAUAUGGGAAAUGUUAGAAACCAAAUUGUCAGCUUUGAAAGUUUCCCUGGUAAUGAGGUCAUCUAAUUUCUCUUGGUUCAUGAACUGUCAUCGAAUGCUGCUCUCUAUGCUCAUUCUGAUUUGGUGGGGAGAUCCGUCGAAGAAAGAACAAGAACAAGAAAUCCUCGAUGAGUUGCAUAACUCUGAACUAUUCUCGAAACAACAAAUCGAACAAAUAAUGAAAGUGAUUGAUGAUCUGGUAGCAAUAAAAACAUUGAAUACGAGAGCUGAAAAGUUGAAAAUGCUUUCCACAAUAAUGAAGUUGGCAAAGAAAAAGAGAGAAGAAGUCAGGAAAACCAUGACAAAAUAUGAGAAAGGAAUGGAGAAAAUGAAGAGAGCAGAGGAGCAGGUGGCAGGGAUGCAAGGGGAACUUUUGAGGUUACAACCACAAUUAGCAGAAUCAGAAGCCGAGUUGGCGUCAGCGAUUCCAGCACUCGAAUCAGCAGUAGAAGCACUCGAAACCAUGACUCAAAGUGAUGUAUCCUCUCUGAAAACUAUGAGAUUCCCACCGUAUGCUGUCCGUCUUUGUAUGGAAGCUGUUUGUAUUCUUCUUGGUGUCAAACCCGCAAAAAUAACAAAUGAAAUAGGAGAAGUUGUAAAUGAUUAUUGGGUUUCCGGUCAAAAACUUCUAUCUGAUAUUCAUUUUCUUGCGAAAAUCCGAAGCUUUGCAAGGGAUACAAUCAGCAAAAAGACAAUGAAGUUGAUAAGAGAAAAGUAUUUAUCGAAAGAGGAAUUCGAUCCGGAGAAUGUGAAACAGUGUUCACUGGCUGCUGAAGGAUUGUGCAGAUGGGUUCUGGCAAUUGAUAUGUAUAACCAAAUCAGUAAAAUAGUGGAACCAAAGAGGGAGAGACUAAGGAAAGCUGAAGUUCUAGUCAAACAACAUUUGAAGCAAUUGGAAGUAAAGAGAAAGGCUUUGUUGAAAGUAACAGAAAAACUGCAAGGAUUAUCAGAUCAAUUCAGUCAGAUGUGCCAGAAAAAACAAGAACUGGAAUCCCAGAUUUCUAGUUGUGAGAUUCGAAUGGAAAGAGCUGAGCGGCUGGUUCAAGCAUUGAGUGGAGAAAAAGAUAAAUGGAAGAGUAAAAUAACAGAUAUAAUGCACGAAGACUCCCUGAGUGUCCCCUAUUCUGUGGGGUCAGCAUUAGCGUUGCAUGUUUUUGGGCAGCUGCCAAUAGACCAGAGACAAAGAGAACUCCGAAAAACCAUGAGAUCACUAUUCCCAAAACUAGAAGUAACUAUUAUGUGUGAUUUGAAAACUUUGGUUUUGCUAGUUGAUGAUCCAAUUUGUUUCGUGAAUGAUGACAAUCGAGCAUUGGAGUUUUUGGAGUCGAAAUUCGAAAAAGUUGUUGUAUCGAAUCAAUGGACAGAGACUGAGCGGCAACAAUGUCUUUCUCAAAAUUCCGUUUUGCUUUUUGAGAUUUGUGAUGAGAAUAAAGGGAUGGCCAAAGAAAUUGAAGAAGCAGAAUAUUACAGUCAAAUGGAGGAUGAAAUAAUAAUAAAAAUCGGAAACACUCAUCACGAAGUGAAUAAAAACUUCCGAGUUUUCUUCCGUAUCCGAACUCAUGAUUCCGGUCUCAAAGACUCAAUAAUAAUUGAUAAUCAGUUUAGUGAUGGAGAAUUGAGACAUGAUAUUUGUGAGAAGAUGGGGUCGGCAAACUGGUUUGAGACAUUAAAUCAUUACAAUGAGAUGGUUGAGUCAAGGAAUAAUGAUAUAGCUAUGAUGGAAAAAACAGAAAACGAAAUGUUGGAUUUAUUAGGAAGAUCGAAAGAUUUGGAUGAUGAGAGAGCGAUAGAUUUAUUGGCAGAGGCUAGAAAUUUACAAUCCUCGAUUACAGCUAGGAAUAAAGAAAUUGCAGAGAUUGAAACAUCUCUCCGGGCAAUAGAACUAAAAAUGUCAAACUGUAUUGACUACUCGAUGAAAGUGAUCAGAAUGUGUUACUCUCUUCAUCUUUUUGACAGAUUUUAUAGAAUUUCUUUAGCUUCGUUGAUUGAUGUUGUUCAGACAAAACUAUUCGAUAACAUCACGGAAAUCAAUCUUGAUGAGAUCAACCAUAAAAUAUCAGAAUUAUUCUGGAAUUUUCUAUGCCAUCUUCUGGCCUGGGAAGACAAAAUGAUAGUUCAUCAUCUUCUGUUUCAUAAGAUGAAUUACAAAGUUGAAAAGUUAGAGAUGGAAAUGAAAGAUAGAAUCAGUAUGGAUAGUUUUAUGAAUUUCUCCUCCUUUAUAUUGAAGACAGAACCAAAACAACUGAUCCUUUUGAAGUAUGAUUCAGAGGUAUAUACAACUAUUCUCCAGUUUGGGCAGGUUACAAGAAAUGCGAAUUGGAGAGUUUACACGAUACUGGACCAUGUUAUACUAAAAUCGGAAAAACUAGUUGAUGAACCGAUAUGGCUCCUUCUAAAUGUCAAUAAAAGUGAUCAGUUGACUAUUGGAAAGCUGAAAACAGUGAUGGAGAAGCUGAAGAAUUUUCCAGUUGUUCAUUCAUCGUUCAGGAUUAUUGUGGGGUAUUCUGAUGAGAUUGAAUGCUCAGAUGAACUGAUUACCCUCACUUCUCAUCGCUUUUAUUUCUCCUCUUCCUCAUCUUUAUCCCAACAAACUCGUCGGAUCCUUGCCAAUCUCUCUAUCCGAACAUCCCUUGACAAAUCAGAAGAGAAACAACGUCUUCAAAUCAUCCGUCUUCUCUCAUUUCAUUACGGACUGAAAUUGAGAGGAAAAUAUGAUCCAGAAUUCACUGUAAUCGUGGAUGACGCAGAUUUAUUGGCAAUGAUGAAGUUGUACCAGGAAUUGAGGAAUUUGAGUGAUCAACCGAAUGAAAUCCAAGACGUAAUGAAAGUGAAAUCAAGUGUGAUCGAACCAAUUUACUAUCCAAAAACUCACUGCCCGGUACAAAGAAAUAUGAUGAGUGCGAUGAUUCAAUGGAUAAUUGAAAUGAAUCUUUCGAUCCCAGCAGAUACUCUUCUCAAAAAUCUGAUAAGAGAAGACAAUCAUAAUUUUGAAGACUUUUCCCACUUUAUGCAGUCACAUGAUGAGAGUAUUCUAUGUGGAUUCAAUGCUCGCAUCUCAAGAGAAUCUCGUUUAGCUCUGGAUAAAAAUAUUGUUUUGAAAAUGAAACAAUUAUUUGAACCAGAUGAGAAAAAGUCGGAAGAAUCUGGGCAAAAAAUUGAAUCUCGAAGCUUCCUCUCUGAAAUUGAAAACGGAGAACGAGAACUGGACGCAAGAAAAGUGAAUAAUCUCACCGAACUUGUAGCCUAUCUGAAAAUGCAAUUUUGUCUGAAAUACAAACUUGCAAUCGCAGAAGUUACUGUAACAGCAGAAUUUGUGAAUGACAACUAUGAACUACCGAAACUGGGUUCGGACUCUGACGUUCCCAUGGUGAAAUUAUCACAUUGUGUUUUAUUUUCUGCUCAUUUUUUCCAAGGAGAAAUUAGAGAACUUCACAACCGCCAGAACCAGUUCGUGACAGUCCUUCUGAAGAGUUCAAAACGAACAGGAGCUGGAAACCCUCGAAGUCUUCCACUAAUCUGUCCAUCUACUCAGAAUAGUGUUGCACAGAUACCAUUCCAUUCCCAGUUUCCAAUUGCUCAUUGGCAUCUUCGAGGUGUUUUUGUGACCUCGGCGAGAUGUAUUUGA